CGACUCUAUAAAUACCAAGCAUGCACAUCCAUCGAACAACAGCCAGCUCGUAGUUCGUUCGCUCUCAAGCCGAGGGCGACGGCAGUUGUCACGACCGGUCCGUGACUCUCUCUCUCUCUCUCUCUCUCUCUCUCUCUCUCUCUCUCUCUCUCUCUCUCCCCCCGCGGGAGUGGAAGACGUCGAGCAUCAUGGCUCGCCUGCGCGUCUCCACGCUGCUGGCCUUCGGCGUCGUCGCCCUCGUUCUAUCUGCUGCCCUACCCUCCGCGUGCGCGGACCGACGGAUGAAGGGCCCUCCUAAGUGCGAUGACGAUGUCGACGACUGCCCAAAUAAAUGCCCCGGAGGACCCAACUGUAACAAACCAUCGCCGCCCACCAAGCCAUCAUGCCCAGGAGGACCCGACUGUCCCAAGCCAGCGCCGCCCACAAGUGGCAGCUGCGACAAGCCGCUGGGAGAAUGUGACUUCUUCUUCCACGACCACAAGAACGAGGUGCCGACCAUCACUCUCGUCCGAAAGGGGGACAACCAUAUCUACGUCGACUGCGGUCAUAUCGUGCAUCAGGAUGGGCCCGACACGAGGCCGGUCCAGACGGUGAACUCCGCACACUGCUCGCUGCUGAAAGGCGGAUACUGGGACCAGAACAAAUGCGGUCACCACAUUUACGGCAACGGAAGGCACAUCGCGUCUCGGCAUUUCCCCAGCAUUCAGAACCCAUCCCACUUCCUCAACACCUGCAUCAAGGUGCAGAUCAGCGCAGCGCAGUACAAGGACGGAGGCAACUUCAACAACGGUCACAGCAACCCAAGGGCCUGCAUUGUCGUCAAGACGGCAGGGAGCUUCGCCUAAAACGUAUCUACAUGUAGAAGUAAGAGUAGGCUGUUGAUACAUUCAAUCUGCUGUUCGUAGUACACAAUUAUAGCGAGGCGGGAGAAAGGUGAGAGCAAGAGAGAAGAGAGAGAGAGGUAGAGAGGUAGAGAGGUAGAGAGAGGUAGAGAAGGUGGUAGAGAGAGAGGUAGAAGAGAGGGAUAGAGAUGGGAGAGCAAUUUUGAGGUAUGACCAAAGGUGGUCGCCUGCCCUAGUUUUUUGUUUAAAUUCGUCGUUGUACAGCGAUGCAAAAAUUCAGCAUCUAAGAAGAAUUGCCCAACG